AUGACAUCACCUAAUGUAUCGAAUGAAGUGAAUAUACCGAACUCGACAAUCGGCAGUGAGAAAUCGGGAAGUCAGCCUUUAAGCUCUAUAUCACAUGCUAUUCAGAUUUUAUCUUAUUUUUUACAGAAUUUUCGUUGUAAAUAUGACUGUACAGUUGAUAUGAAAGAGUCGGAAAUGUUUCAAGCAAAACCACGAAAAGAUGUGUUUCUUACUAUUGGGAUACCAACUGUUCUGAGAUCGAAAAGUUCCUAUCUCAACAGCACACUAACCUCUCUUAUAUCGGCCUUGACCCCACAAGAGCAUGAUGAGGUUCUUAUCCUCGUAUUUUUGGCGGAUUUUAACAAAACCGACAAAUAUCAUCUAGCUAAGGAUUUAAACAAAAGUUUUGGUAAAUAUAUCCGCAGUGGAUUAAUCCGAGUGAUUCAGGCACCAAAAACGUUUUACCCCAAAGAUAAGAUCAAGCGACUGACAUACGAUCAAAGUAAACGUUAUGUGAAUUGGCGGUCGAAGCAAUGUUAUGAUUUCGCAUACAUGUUUAAAUACGCUUCAAACCUUUCACAAUAUUAUAUGCAAAUAGAGGAUGAUGUCUCGACAGGGGUGGGAUUUUUAAAGAACGUGAAGAGUUAUAUGGACAGUCGAAAGGAUUGGAUUUGUUUGGAAUUUUCCGAGUUGGGAUUUAUUGGGAAGUUAUAUCGCACUGAACAUCUGGAGAGAUUAGCCAUACUGAUGAUGAUGUUCUACUCCGAGCAACCAGUCGACGUCACAUAUCUGUACUUCAAUCGUUUGAUGGUGCAAUACGGACGGAACUUACAAAUACCGACUUUAUUUCAACAUAAUGGUCUAUAUUCUUCUUUAAAUGGUAAACUACAGCGCUUAAAAGACCGUUUUUAUAUCCACGACCUAAAAGUCUUAAAGGGCGAUAACCCUCCAGCUGACGUAUUUACCAAUAUGGCAGUGUACAUGGAUAUGGGUCCCAAAUUUGCGUAUUCUGCAUCCGAUGGAAUAUUUUGGAGUCACGGGGCGCAGAAAAGUGGAGACACAUUGACUGUGAUUUUCCAAAAACCGCAGAAAUUAAAACGUGUCGCAGUGUUAACAGGGGGAAAGAACGCGCCAAAAGACAAAAUAUACAAUGGGAGAGUGGAAGUUAGUUUAACUUUACUGAAUAAUUCCAAUUCUCAUGAAUGUACGAAUAAUAUUCAAAUUGGAAAUUUCGUUGACGGAGUGAUGGAUAAUGGUGACUUGGGUUCGAUUGUGAAGUUUAAAGUAAUGUGUGUCGUGAUAACAGUGACUAAAAAUAUGGAUCCAUGGAUUAUUAUAAGGGAGAUCGCCGUGUUCACGUCAUAA